GAACAACCUGUGAUCGGCGCAUCUACGCCACAUCUGCUCGAGGACAUAGCGCAUUCUGUGCCCAUAUCAGGUCACUCAAACAUUGCGCGGCUUCGCCAGCGAGUAAAUUGGGAAGGUCUAUAAAUUGAGCUCCUCGGUUGCUGACUUGGCGUAAGACGAUCUCGGCAAGGUCAUGUCAACCAAGAAAGAAGCGGCCGCAAGUGUAUUGCCAGGACCGCAGCAGCAGUCGCAACAUGAGGUCGUGUACCCAGAUUCCACAGACACAAAAAAUAUGGCUUUUACAGACUGGGACGGUGUAAGCACUUUCGGCGAGACAUCCACGAGUUUACCAAACAAUCCUCCAUUCGACAGCAAUCUUUUCGGCUCCAGUAUGCCCUCAGCUGAGCUGCUUGCACAACAUUUGACCGCGGACGUAGACCCAGCCACAUCCAAUCAACUAGUGCGGAGGAAUAGGAACAAUCAGUUGGCAUUGCAAAAUCGAUCGCUGGAUCCAAAUACGUGGCAAGAGUUAGGGACCGAUGCACAGGCAGCAGGUUGGGAGAAUGCGGAAGACGACGAAGACCUAGAAGAGAAGGCUUUGCAGGCGCGGAAAGAAGCCCAAUCGAAGAGGAAGACCAUACCACCGUUCGUUCAGAAGCUCAGUAGUUUUCUCGAUGAGAAACGGAAUACAGAUCUUAUUCGCUGGGCAGAUGAUGGAAAUUCUUUCAUCGUAUUGAAUGAGGAUGAAUUUGCGAAAACUCUGAUACCAGAACUUUUCAAGCACAACAACUAUGCCUCCUUCGUACGACAACUCAAUAUGUAUGGAUUCCAUAAAAAGGUCGGCUUAUCAGACAAUUCGAUGAAAUCUAGCGAGUCAAAAGUCAAGAACCCGAGUGAAUACUACAACAAAUACUUCAAGCGAGGACGUCCUGAACUACUCUGGUUGAUACAAAAGCCGAAGACGGCGGCUGCUGGGAAGCGAAAACGAGAUGAUGAUAAGCCAAAGGGAGGUGAUAGCGAUGAUGAAGCGGGGAAGAAAUAUUUACCUGCCAUGGAAACACGUAGUGAGAACGAGGGAGUCGUCCGAAUCAACCAGGAUAUGGCAGUCAUUCCGUCUCGAGAAAUUACGAAUAUGAAAUCUGAGCUACGAUCCGUGCAACAACAACAGAAAUUGAUAUCCCAAGCCAUCAGCAGGAUACGGCAACAGAACGAUCAGCUUUACAACCAAGCGCGAGCAUUUCAGACCCUUCACGAUCGACAUGAAAACUCGAUCAACGCCAUUCUAACAUUCCUAGCUACCUUCUAUAACCGCAGCUUGGAGACCAACAAUGGGCCCAACCUUGCCGAGAUGUUUGCUCACGCCAUGCCACAAAACAACCAAAAUCAUGGCAGCGUAGUAGAUGUAGGAGACUAUCAUGUAGAACAAGAUCGAAGUAAGGGUACUCCACUCAGACGAAGGCCACCACUUGCUCUCCUACCAGCCCCUGAAACGAAAGAUCCCACGGCUAGCCCGUCUACCCAGGCCACGCGCGCUGCGACCACACGAAGUCCAUCUAUGAGACCAGUCAGUUGGCAAAACGGCAUCUUCAAGUCCGCAAGGCCAUCCAAUAGCCCGGUAGCGAAGUCGAAGAGUCCUCCAAUCAAGUCGGAGGUUUCGACACCGAAUGCCACGUUCGCAGUGCCUGAAAACGACGAGAUCAUGUCCGUCAUCCAAAAUAGUAACGCAAAUCAUGACCCGAACGCAUCGCAAGGCCCUCAGCUCGACUUCGAUGCUGCCCUAAAUCAUUUCCAAAACUCAUCUGAUGGCGGCCAAUUGACCGCACAACAACGAAAUCAGCUUCUCUCCUACAUGGCAGCUAACAGCCCAAUCUCUGCCGCUCCAAAUGACAAUGCGCUUUUGAAUCCUGACCCUCCACCGAUACCAUCGCUGGAUACUUUCACAAACACACAAUCUCAGCUCGAUAUUCUGCAGAAGAUGCAACAGGAGCAGAACGACAAAGUCCAAGCAUUGGCUGAUCGUCUGCAACCAUUAAGUCCCACUGGUAGUAUCCCAGGCUAUGUCGCUCCAUCUGGUGAUUCAAACAACUUCUACGGCAACUUUGCUGGUGCUGAGCCUAGCGAUCUUGACAUCAACUCGUUUAUCAAUUCAGACGACUACUUUCCCAACACCGAGAGCAAUGCGCAAUUUGCGAGUGCGGGUGACUCUACUAUACCUGGCUUGGACCUUGACUUUGAUAACGCAAAUGCCUUCAACGACGUGGACGAUUUCGGAAAUGGUGCUGAUGACUUGUUCGGGACUAAUGGCGGAGACUUCACCGGAUACGACAAUGGCGUCAGCCUUGACGAGAAUCGUAUCGAGAGUGUCAGCAGUGGAGCACCAAGCCCGGCAAAUCCACCCGAAUCAAUUCCUGUGGCCCAAGACAAUACAACCAAUCCCAGAAAGAAGAGAAAAAACAAUUGAAAGCGCAAACGAGAUUUAAGGCAUUGUAAAGUUGGUGGGAUGUGAAGUUUGUAUCUGAUUACACGUGCAAAACGUAAUUAUACCGGCGUGACCGGUCAUAGCGAUAAACUGGGCAUUUGAAAGGAGCUUUGUUGGGAUGGAUAUAGGAUUUGGGGGUUGGCGGAAUACCUCAUCAUACUUAUCAGCGGAUU